AUUGCGUUCAUUGGUAAAAGUGAAGCGUGCGCGUGCGGUUGCCUCAACUACUUUAAAACUGCAACAAAAGUUGGUCUCUCUGUGCUGUGUGCGAGCUCUGCGCUUUGUUUGUGUCGUUUGUUCCAAUCGAGAAAGUUGCCCUGAGAAGAUGUCUGUGCUGCGGACGCUGCUGCUGCUGGCACUGAGCGCCACCAUGGCGCUGGCCCAGCGCCGCUUGGCUCUGCCCGAUCCCCGAAGCUGUGCAAACCGGGUGCGCCAUGCCUCCUACCGGGAUGCCCGCGGUGUUUCGCACUCGUACUUCUUCAGCUGGGAGCAUGCACCGACGCGCAGCCUGGAGGUGGACUGGCUGGAUGCGAGAAAUAUUUGCCGUCGGCACUGCAUGGACGCCGUGUCCCUGGAGACGCCGCAGGAGAAUGACUUUGUGAAGCAGCGCAUAUCCCGGGGCAAUGUGCGGUAUAUCUGGACGUCGGGCAGGAAGUGCAACUUUGCCGGCUGCGACAGGCCCGAUCUGCAGCCACCGAACGAGAACGGCUGGUUCUGGUCCGGUUCGGGCGGCAAGAUCGGACCCACCUCGCAGCGCAACACUGGCGACUGGUCGCCGACGGGAGGCUACAACCAGCCCCAGCCCGACAAUCGGGAGGCUGCCCAAGGCAACGACGAGAGCUGCCUCUCCAUCUUGAAUAACUUCUAUAACGAUGGCAUCAAGUGGCACGACGUGGCCUGCCACCACAUCAAGCCCUUCGUCUGCGAGGACUCCGAUGAGCUGCUGAACUUUGUCCGCUCCCGGAAUCCCAAUGCCCGCUUGUAAUUCUACUCGUAAUUCUAAUGCUAAACUUAAACAAACAAAAAAACAAAAAUUAAGAUGAAAUUAAAUAUUUAUGUAGCCUUAGACGGAACAUUGAUUGGUUGAUUGAUUGAUUCAUGGACUCAUUGACUGUUCAAUCCAAUACUGAUGCCUUCCACGCGCUUUUGGCCAAUUCUGUUAACAUUUUUUGUGUGGUUUUGUUCGCAGCGAAAAUUUUAAGAUCAAAAUUUGAAUAACAUUUCCGUGUCGAUCCGCGCAAGAAAAACAAAAUUGUUAAAUAAUUUUAAAAAAUUGUUAAUAAAUACAAAUUGAACCCAUAAAA